AUGGUCAAGCUGUUUUCGAGAAAGAUCGACCAGCUGGCGGAGGGAGCAGGUGUGGGAGGGGGUGCCGACCACGAGGGAGGAGGCGAGAAGACGGGACGCGUCGUGAUUGAGUACAGCGUCGAGGAGGAGGAGGAGAUCGAGGAGGAUACAUCGAGGCAGGCUCAGCACGGGGCGAGCGGCCCGGGCGGCGAUGCGAACCAGGACGAGGACUCUUCGGCCGAGGACGACGGCGAGGGCGCCGGACAUAGAACGGAGCGUACGGGGGAGCAUGGAGUGGCGCUCGGGGAGCGGGUGGACGAGCGAGUAGAGCUUAUCGAGCAGCAGGCGACAGGGGAAACUAAGGCUGUCGAGGAGCAGGAGGGCGGAGCGGCUGCUCAGGAGGGUGGGGUCGGAGGGCAGCGGCAGGUGUUGGGCGAGGCGGCUGCGCAGGAGGGCGGGGCAGGAGGGCAGCAGCAGGAGGGCGUGGCGGCUGCGCAGGAGGGUGGGGCAGGAGUGCAGCAGCAGGCGUUUAGGGUUGCGGCUGCGCGGGUGGGUGGGUCAGGAGGGCAGGAGCAGGAGGACUGGGAGGCUGCUGAGGAGUAUCGUCGAGGAGUUGAGCGACAGGCCGCCGUAACAAGGAGUCACCGCACGGCCAGUGGCAGCGGACAGGCGGGCCCUUCGACCGGGUGGCCUUCGACGGCAGGCCAAUCGACGGCGAACGUUGCACUGGGAGGCCAGGUCGUCGAGCUACUGCAGAGGGUCGAGAAAGUUGAGGCGUCGCAGAAGCAGCUCGUCGCCGAUGUCUUUGCGAAACACACUGAGCAAGCCGGAGUAUUCAACAGGCUUGCUGCGGAUUUUCGGACGGCGUGGAAUACGAUUUCGGAGUCGUCGAAGAGCACACUGUCGCAGUGCGCCGAGGCUGUGAAGGGUGUCACGGCAGAGAGGAACCUGUUGGAAGGGGCGCGGGCGAAGAUCGACGAGAUGAGCGGGAAGAUCAUCGAGGGGGUGGCAGCCGCCAUCACAAAAGCGAGCGAGGACGCCGUCGAGAAGCAGCUCAAGCAGGUCGAGGAGCGGCUGGUUGCUGCGGUGCUGAAGGGUUUCGAGAAAGCCAUCAUGGAGGACAUGUUCUGCUCCACCCUCCCACCCGAGACCAUGAAGGAGCUGAAGGACAUUGUGAGGGAAGGCUACCAUGAAGCCGAAGCAGGGAGGUUGGAAGUCCUCACCGAAGAGAUGGCGAGAGGUUUUCAGCGCUCGGCGGGCCCGUCGACGAGGUCGCGUCAGGAGGGUGUGGGAGGGGUUCGCAGCGGGGCUGAGCCUCGUGGUCACGAGCGGUCGGUUCCUCCGUCUUCUUCGGUGGGAGGACAUGUCGGCAGCCCGGUUGGAUCCCCACCGGCGCGUGGCCGUCAUCCCGUCGCCAAGCCCGUCGAGGAAGUCAUCGUACUCGACCAGUCGCCCCGCUCGAAGACCUCCGUAGCGGCUCCGAUCGAUCCACCUGAUGCAUUUGCUUUGAUGCGGGACAUGUUGCAAGGCCUGGGGAAAACGGGUGGGAAAGGAGUGGUCGCGGGGGAGAAAAGUGGUGCCCCAAACGAGCACGUCGCCUCGACCGGGAACAGAGCUCUAGGAAUGCGAGGUGCCUCUACCCCGUCAAGCGGCGGUGCGGGGAAAGGAGCGGAAGAAGCAAGCGCUGGGUUGCUGUCAAAGACUAAAGCGGCAUCAGCUGCGCAAGGCGGUGGUGCUGGCCUUGCUGUCGGGCUUGUGGGAAAUUGGGCAUCUUCCUCGAACCCUCCAGUUGCUCCUGCCGUCGCUGCUCCGUCCCUUGGCAACGUUUGUCUUAGCGAUCCGGGCUCCCCUUCAACGUCGAAGAAGAAGCCGGCUGCGACGAAGUCGUCGAAGCGCGCUGCACACGCGACAGAGAGCCUUGACGUGGUGGAGCUGGCCAGCGUCCCUGGUUAG